CAGUCCUCAGCCUGGGGAACUUCCAAAUGCCAUGGAUGUGACCAUAAGAUUUAAAAUAAACCAAAACAAAGAAAAGAAAAAAGCCUCAAUUUAAAUAAAAUGGUUUGAGCAUGAAAUGUCACACAAACACCAUGCCACGUCCUGGAGAGGUUUGUAGGUGCGAGGGGACUGUGGACGGGACUUAGAUAAUCUCUCUGAGCCUCUCCAAAGCCAUAGAAGGAAGCCGGGAAGAGUCACCUCUCCCCUGUCACAAACGAAGCUGGGGCUUUUUGUGUCCUCAAAGAAAGCGUGAGGACCAACUACCAGACACUCUUGGGAGGAGAGGGCACCAGGUGUGGGUUCAGGGGGUGGGUGCAGGCCUGACAGUGGCCUCAGGACCUUCCAGCUGGCGGCUCCCACACCCACAGGGCCACCUGGUUGCCCUGUGUGAACGAUGCCCCCAUUCAUACGUGUGGUAGGUUCAUACCUAACUAGGAAAGUAAGUGCCUUGUGUGGAUACAGUGGGGACUGAAAAAAAAUUUUUUUUCAUUUUUAAAAACAUUUUGUUAUGAAAAUUGUCAGAGGUCCUCGAGAAGAGAGAAUAAUAGAGCCAGUUCCCAUAUACUCACAACCACGGAUGCAGCAUUUAUCAAGAUUUUAUCACAUUUCUUUACCCUUCCCUCUUUUGGGGACAAAAAUAUUUCAUAACAAAUCCCAGCUAUGAUAGCAUUUCAUCCCUAACAUAAGUGGGCAUUUGAUAAACACAAUGCCACUAUCCCACCUAACAGAAUUAUUACCCCAUGGACAAAAUUUUGAUAUGUGUUCUUCUUUACAAAGCUCCUGCGACUAGAUAACCUUGCAAUAUAAGAAUCAGUAUGUCUGUAUUCAUUUCCCUGAGAGCUUAAGAGAGGGGGUCCUUCCUUUCAACUCUGCACAGAGGUAUUUAGAGACCUGGGCGGGUAUAAACAACUUGCACUGGUGGUUCUACAGACUGUAAUCUCAGGUAUUGAGCUGUGCCGCGUGCUCCCAGGGCAUUUCACAGUAUCAUCAAUGAUUGAUCAUCGUAACUUACAGGAAUUUUUUUAAAACAGUAUUUUAAUUGGAGAAAGCAUCUGUCAGCUGUCAGGCUUCCAGCUUCCACUUUUGAGAAGCAGGAUGUUGAAUGUGAGUAAUGACACAACAGGCCUAUAAAAUGCGGACUAACCCUCGGAUGACUCAUCCAGUGCGAUGCAGUAUAUUUGUCAAGGAGACUGAAUCAUAUAUGGGGGAAACCACUUCUCAAGCAGCCAGCUGGUUCUCAGAUCCGCAAGAGCCGAUCCAUUUUUAUCGGAAGCUCUAUAGUAGCAAUAAUGCGAAUACCCAGCACUUGGGCUCCACAAUGUAGAGGAAAUGGCAUCGCCCGCCAGUGACAGCUAUAUUGUGCGUGUCAAGGCUGUGGUUAUGACCAGAGAUGACUCCAGCGGGGGAUGGUUCCCACAGGAAGGAGGCGGGAUCAGUCGCGUGGGGGUCUGUAAGGUCAUGCACCCCGAAGGCAAUGGACGAAGCGGCUUUCUCAUCCAUGGUGAACGGCAGAAAGACAAACUGGUGGUGUUGGAGUGCUAUGUGAGAAAGGACUUGGUCUACACCAAAGCCAACCCAACUUUUCAUCACUGGAAGGUCGACAAUAGGAAGUUUGGACUUACUUUCCAAAGCCCUGCUGAUGCUCGAGCCUUUGACAGGGGAGUAAGGAAAGCAAUUGAAGACCUUAUAGAAGGCUCAACAACAUCAUCUUCCACCAUCCACAACGAGGCUGAGCUUGGUGAUGAUGACGUUUUUACAACAGCUACAGACAGUUCUUCAAAUUCGUCUCAGAAGAGGGAACAACCUACGCGGACGAUCUCCUCCCCCACAUCCUGUGAGCACCGGAGGAUUUAUACCCUGGGCCACCUCCACGACCCUUACCCCACGGACCACUAUCACCUCGAACAGCCGAUGCCAAGGCCCUACCGCCAGGUGAGCUUCCCGGAUGACGACGAGGAGAUCGUGCGCAUCAACCCCAGGGAGAAGAUCUGGAUGACGGGCUACGAGGAUUACCGGCACGCGCCCGUGAGGGGCAAAUACCUGGACCCCUCGGAGGACGCGGACUCCUACGUGCGCUUUGCCAAGGGCGAGGUCCCCAAGCAUGACUACAACUACCCCUACGUGGACUCCUCAGACUUUGGCCUCGGCGAGGACCCCAAAGGGCGCGGGGGCAACGUGAUCAAGACCCAGCCCUCCCGGGGCAAGUCCCGGCGGCGGAAGGAGGACGGGGAGCGCUCCCGGUGCGAGUAUUGUCGGGACAUGUUCAACCACGAGGAGAACCGGAGGGGCCACUGUCAGGACGCACCCGACUCCGUGAGAACUUGCAUCCGCCGGGUGAGCUGUAUGUGGUGUGCGGACAGCAUGCUCUAUCACUGUAUGUCGGACCCCGAGGGAGACUAUACAGACCCGUGCUCGUGCGAUACUAGCGACGAGAAGUUUUGCCUCCGGUGGAUGGCUCUUAUUGCCUUGUCUUUCUUGGCCCCUUGUAUGUGCUGUUACCUGCCCCUGCGAGCCUGCUACCACUGCGGAGUGAUGUGCAGGUGCUGCGGAGGGAAGCACAAAGCGGCCGUGUGACGCGGUUUCCCUCCCUCCCCUUCCUCCAGCCACAGCCCCACGGGGACUUGUCUUCUUCAUCCUCUCAUCUCUCCCCGGCUCCCCGGUACCGGAGGCACCCUUCCAGCCUGGGGCCCCUGCCUGGUGGACGCUGCACCCCCGCCACCCUCUCUGCCCCGGCUCCACCCACGCACGCACACACAGUGUUCCAAGGAAGGGACCCUCCGCCUGGACGCUCGUGUAUUACUAACAGUCUGUAUAUUCAAGCUGACUGUCUCAUACAGGUGUCGAUUUCUCAUCCUUUCUCCCCACCUCUUCCAGUUCAAAGGCGCCUACAGUGGGAACUGCUGAUUUGGGGUGGGUUUUGUCGGUGGUUUUUUUUUCCCCCCCGAGAGCUCCGAAGACCAUCUUUGUCCUGGUUCAGCCUCCCUCUUGCGAACGCUUCCUCGGGUUCCUGUGGAAAUGGGAUGUCGGAAUGAUGAAAAGCCUCCCAGACGUCUUUUAACCUGCAGUCAGUUAUUCUGUAUAGAAGGUGAGCUAGUUUAACUUCUCCCGAGAUCGCUUUAACUUUUCUGAAGCCGAAUUUCCCAUGUGAGCUGCAUUUUCUCUCUUGAGCCCAUCAUCUCCCAUUUCCCCCCUCACUUCUCCCAAAAGCUGUCAUUCACUGAUACAAAACAUUUAAUCGUGAAAUGACUGAGAAUUGAGCCUUAACUUCAGAUUAACUUGGGAGAAUCAGGAAAAUUCUCUUAACUGCAUCACAUCCUCUCAGACCAGGGCUAGAAAGGGGAUUUCAGGUUUCUCUGAGCCUCCCCACUUACCCCUAAAGUAGAACUUUUUAAAAUUAUGUCACCACCACUUGUAAAAAUUUAGCAAUAUUCGAAGAAAAUGCUCAUGAAGUAAGAAAUUCUGCUCAUGGUUUUGCAAAGCAAAUAGUCUCUUCAGGCACAAACCAGUGUCCUCCAAUCACGGUCCAGUUGAGAAUCACUAAGGUUGUGAUAAAUAAAACUAUAGGAACUCCCCCCCCCCCAGUGGCUAUUUUCUAUUAACUGGGGGAAAUUUUAAAUACCAUCAAUUUGAAGAGUGGUGGGUUGCAUUUUGUUCAUGGGUUUGUGUUUGUGUUUUCAUUUUGGACUCAAUUUCUCAUCACCAGAUUCUUCAUUUAUACUUGGGGAAAACAAGGCCAUAUGUAAAAACCCUUCCGCUGCCUAACUGUCUUUCUCCUGCAACUCCAAACCCAGACCUGCCACUUGGGGUGCACAGAUGGUUAGGUCAGCAGGCUGGGUCUACCCCUUUCGCCUUGCCACGUAGGAGGCUUCUGAUUAUUAGCUGGAAAAGAGUAUUUUUUUAAUAUAUUGCAAGGAGUAGCCAAAUCUUACCGCAGAAAGUAGAAUGGAGAGUGGUUACCUGUACCUGCCAUAGUACAAUCAGGAUGUCGUGGAGACCACAGAGGACAGGCCUGUCAGCACUGGCUGUCCUUCCCACCAGGAUCUUCCUGUGGUCAUUGCCAGCCGAGGGCCUGGCCUCAUCCCACCCUCCCCACUUCCCGCAUCCCUCCUCUGUGGCCCACAGGACAUCAGUCUCCAAGAAAAGGGACUUUUCUCCAGUCUGCCAAUCGUAUUGGGAAAGUGCUAGCCACGCUUACCUUCAUGGGAAUGUUUUCAGCUCUCCUGAGAGCCCAUCGCCUUUCUUUCUCUGAUCAUCGAUGUAAAUACCCAGUGUGCUUCUGAGCUCUUUGGUAGACAUUUUCGUUAGAUGGAGCGACUGGUUGCGCCUUCCAGUUUGGGAAAGGAGCUAUUAAUCUGAUGAUGCAAGAAAAGAGCCGCUUCCCAGCCUGGAGAACAUCUAGAAGGGCUUCAGCCAGCCUCCCACCGCCAAGAGACCGUCUUUCCCCCCUGUCCUGAGGCAUUUCCUCAGGGUCUUUCUCAAGGUCUCCUCUCUACAAAGCACAACACUAAUGUAUGUUUGGUUAGACCUCAGUUCAAGUGCCCCUAUUUAUUUAGUAAGAAUACACACAUCCUGGCUGCUUUUUGUUGGUCAUCUCUGUCGAGUCAUCAUCUGUUUCUGUCUUCCUUUACCCCUUGUCCUUUUCUACCCCUCUGAAGAGGUAACGCUCGUGAAUCUUACUCCACGUAUUCUUUUUGGUUUGUGAAGAAGGUAGCGGUUGAGGGCACAAGGACAGCCAUGGGGACAUUUGUGUAAAUACGUCUCUCUCUAAUUGCCACACUGCAGCUGAACAUCAGCUUUGCCAUACUGACGUCAAUCAUCCAAGAGAAAUUAUUUCAGAUUUUAUUUUUGUAUCUGUGGUAACAAAGCAGUAACAAAAGAUUUUCUGUUUGGAAGCCCCUCCCCACCGCUGACCACCUCCCACCCCCCACCCACCAAGCUGUUUUGCUCACAUUAACAGAUUAAAGUGCCUGAAGCAUAAUUCCUUCUUUACCUGUGUACUAAAAGCCCCGUUGUAUUGAUUUUUUUAUAAUAAGCCUUUUUACCUCUGUGUAAAAAAUAUAUAUACAAGUGUAUGAUGUACAUUUUAGUUCUUAACCUUUUUUUAUGGUUUCUAAUAUGUAUGACCAAUGUAGCCAUUGCUUUACAAUGUACCAUGUAAAUAUAAAUACAUCCUAUCAGAUC